GAGCGCAUGGUGUUGUACAUCUGCAGGCUGUUGGUGCGAUUCUAUGACAUUCUUGAGUCCGAGUCCCAGUUCUUAGGGGCAGGCAUCAGAGAGGAGCUGCCCAAACUUGGCCAACAGUUGGCAGAGCUUUACUCUACUGUUGCCACGAUCUGUUUCGAUCUCGACAUAAGAAUCUUUAAGAUGAAUCCUAAGUUGCACCUUUUCGAGCACCUCUGUGAGUUUCAAUCCGUAUUGUUCGGCAAUCCACGGUAUUGGUGGACUUACGCCGACGAGGACCUCGUCGGCCGCAUGAUCGAGAUCGCGGAGUCCGUUCACCCCACAACGCUCGCUGCCAGCGUUCUCUUCAAGUGG